AUGGCUUCCCGCAGCAGCUUCUCUGUGGCGUGUGCUGUCGCAGUGAUGGCGUUUGCCAUUUUGGCCACGGCGAGCAAUGCGCAGCCGCUGGACCCUCAUUUCUACGACAAGUUGUGCCCGGCGGCGCUCCCCGCCAUCAGGAAGGUCGUUGAGGAGGCCGUAGCGGUGGAGCCGCGCAUGGGUGCCUCGCUCCUGCGCCUGCACUUCCACGACUGCUUCGUCAACGGGUGUGAUGGGUCCAUCCUGCUUGACGACACGCCCUUCUUCACAGGCGAGAAGAAGGCCGCGCCCAACGUGAACUCCGUUCGCGGCUUCGACGUGAUCGAUCGCAUCAAGGACGCCGUCAACGCCGCGUGCAGGGGAAACGUGGUGUCCUGCGCCGACGUCGUGGCCGUCGCAGCACGUGACUCUGUCGUCGCGCUGGGAGGGCCGUCGUACGACGUGCUUCUGGGCCGGAGGGACGCGCGGGGGGCGAGCCAGGCGGCGGCGAACAACAGCAUCCCGGCGCCGACCUUCGACCUCGACCGCCUCGUCUCCAACUUCGCCUCGCACGGCCUCACUGUGCAGGACCUGGUCGUGCUCUCCGGCGGCCACACGCUGGGCUUCUCCCGCUGCACCAACUUCCGCGACCGCCUGUACAACGAGACAGCCACACUGGACGCCUCCCUCGCCGCGCAGCUCAGGGGCCCCUGCCCGCUCGCCGGCGGCGACGACAACCUCGCGCCGCUUGACCCGACGCCAGCGCGGUUCGACGGCGGGUACUACGGCUCGUUGCUGCGCAGCAGGGGGCUGCUGCACUCGGACCAGCAGCUGUUCGCUGGCGGUCUCGGCCCCACGGACGCGCUCGUUAGGUUCUAUGGCGCCGACCCGGAGGCGUUCAGGAGGGACUUCGCGGAGGCCAUGGUGAGGAUGGGCGGCCUCAGCCCGCUCACCGGGAGCAGCGGCGAGAUUCGCGCUAACUGCAGGAAAGUGAACUACUACUAG